CGCGCGGCAGCAGCGGUGGCUGAGGACAGCAGCAGCAGCAGCAGCGUCAGCCUCACGCAGUUUGGCGGCGCACAAGAAUCGUUAUUUUUAGCGCCUGUUUCGCGUCGCAGCGUCGGGGGUCGCAGCAGGCUUUUUCCUCCCUCUCUGUGCCACAGUUUGAGCAGGACUCGCUGAGAGUAGUGCUGGAGGUCUGAGUGCGCGUGAAGCUGCGGGGUAGUUAACGGUAGGAAGCCAGAAGGAGGAUAACGGACUGACAGAGCGGGGAGGGGAGCAGAGCACCUCCACUCAUCUGAAGGGAGCUUUAACACAUAUCACAGUAUCAUCACAGUCCCACUCUGGUCCUUGGUAAACGGCCUGCCCGGAGAUGGCUAGCCCCGCCGCAGGUCGAGAUGUCCCGAACGCUCCGACGCGGGACGACUCGCUGGAGCCGAGCCAUCCCGAACCAGCCUGUCAGGAAGCACAGAAAUGGAUAGAGGCUGUAACUGGGAAGAGCUUUGGAGACAAGGACUUCCGCAGUGCACUGGAGAACGGCAUCCUGUUAUGCGAGCUGCUGAGUGCAAUCAAACCAGGGUUGGUCAAGAAGAUCAACAGACUGCCCACCCCCAUUGCUGGGCUGGACAACCUGUCAGUCUUCCUGCGGGGCUGUGAGGAGUUGGGCCUGAGGGGCUCCCAGCUGUUUGACCCUGGGGACUUGCAGGACACUUCUAUACGAGCAAACCUCAAGGACUCCGACUGCAACCGCAAACUAAAAAAUGUGCUGAACACAGUGUUCUGGCUGGGGAAGGCUGCCAGCGGCUGCGCCUCCUACACUGGCCCUAAUCUCAACCUCAAGGAGUUUGAAGGGCUUCUUGCUCAAAUGAAGAUGGAGAGUGAUGAAGGAGGUGACAGUCCACAGAAACGCAGUGUUAGAGACAGCGGCUAUGACUGCUGGGACUCUGAGAGGAGUGAGUCUCUUUCCCCUCCACGACACACUCGUGACAACUCCCUUGACAGUCUGGACUCUUUUGGCUCCCGCUCACAGCACAGUCCGUCUCCAGAUGUGGUGAAUCGUGGCAACAGUGACGGGCGAGGCAGUGACUCGGAGGCUGAUGCCCCCAGCAGGAAGCCAGAUGUGCGGAAGGAUGACAUGUUGGCCAGGCGGACCGCCAGCAGUGAAUCCAGAAGCUCCAUCCCCUUCAACCAGUUUCUUCCUAACCGGACCAACGCCAGCUCCUACAUCCCCACUCCACGGCGAAAACCACAUGCAGAGGAGGGAGAGCAGCGGAGUUGCCCUCCAGAGCAGGGCAAAAGAACUGGACUGCACAACAAAACUCCCAAGACUGUCACUUGGGCCUUUGAGAACAAUGGGGAAAAACCAAAACAGGAAGAGGAGAAGGUGACCCAGGAAGUGUUGGAGCAGAGGAGGCUGCAGAAGUUGGAGAAGGCAGGAAUUAAAGUUUUACCUGCUGCUGUUCGCUACAGCAGCCCUCCCAUGAUGGAGGAACAGGAAGUAAGGUCACCGUCUCCAAACAUCAUCCUUCGUUGUGAAAACGACUUUUUGAGCUCUCAGAAAUCUGCCUGGGAUUCCUCCUCUGACGGGGAGGAGGAAGCAGAGGUGCGGAAAGUCCCAGAUGUUCGUAGAGAUGACCUAGCGUCCAGACGAGCUCAUCGCGGCCCUGUUGCUCCCAAUGUGCACCAGUUCCUCCCUCCACCCGUAUGUAGCAUCAAGGACAGAGAGCGGUGGGAGGGCAUUAGACGGGCCUCACAGCAAACACUGCAGAAGACGGAGAUCAGUGAGAAGGAAACAUUCCCUGACAUCAUUACACGCAGAGACAACCCGUUCCUAAACUCUGCCCCUCGCCACAAGGAAGAGGAGGAGGAGGAUGAGGAGGAAGCAGGAGAAGAGGGAAGGGUAAAGGCGAUGCCAAACAAGCAGAAGGAUGACCUGGCUCGUAGGCGGGCACAGAGUAGGCCCCUCCCUCACAGGGAUGGACCAAUGAGCUUUGUUUCUGCCUCCAUGAGCCAGGCAGAUAUGAAGAAGUGGGAGAGACUCAAGAUGACUGAACCCAGUGAGGCUAGCCCGGCACCUGUGUGUCAGGCUUGUCUGGAGAAAAAUUAUGGAAGUCCUUUCAGCGGAUCAGCAAAGGCUCGACGAAGUCAAAGCAAAGUUGUGACCUUUGGGGGCGUGACUGAGAUUGAGCAGCCAAUAGACACAGUCACAUCAAAUGAAGGGGAGGAGACGGAGUUGCUAAGACGACUCCUUUCCAAGGCAACUGUAGCCAUGCCUACAAUUGGCCUGGGCUCCCAGCUUUCAGAGCGGGAACGCAGCCAGGUUGAUGGAGCUGACCUCAGUCAAACUCCCCCUCCUUCUGCUGACCUCCCACCCUGGACCCCUGAGGUUGCUCUGACUCCUGCUGAGCUGGAUGCUCGUUUGGCUCAGUACGAAAAGAGAACAGAGGAGGACGAUGAGGAGGAACAGGAAAGGAUCCCAGAUCUGCAGAAAGACGAUAUGAUGGCAAGGAGGACAGGUGUUUUCCAUAAACAAAGCACUGCUACCACAGUGACUUACAACCGUUUCCUGCCUCUGCCUGGCUCCAAACGCUGCACACAAGAGGAGGACACCACUGAUGCUGCUCCGCGGAACAAAAAGGAAGUGCAGACCGACAGAAACAAGAAACUGAAUGUCAGAGUGGAGCAACAGCAGCCCAGAGUUCACAUGGAAGCACCUCAACCGCAGCCUGACGCAACGGUGAUCCGAUCAACAUCUCACAGCGAAUGUGAAUAUGAGGAUGAUGAGGAUGAGUAUGAUGAAAAUGAGCCUAUGCCGGACGUGGAGAAGGAUGAUAUGAUGGCACGAAGGACCGGGUCUUUUCAAAAACCUGUUGCAGUCAGAACAAAUCAGUCCUUUAAUCAGUUCCUGCCUGUACCUGGAUCAGUUAAAUAUAACAUCAGCCCAGUGUCUGCGAUGAAGCAGCUACACAGCAGACCUAAGUUCGCAGAGAAGAUGGCUUGUGAAAGCAGCAUCGUUACCGUAGCAGCAGAACCUCAGGCCCCGCCUCCUGCAGCCCCAACCAGCCCCAAGUGUGCAGAGCUGAGGGAGAGGCAGGAGGAGGAGGAUGGAAAGCAAGAGGGAGACAUGACAGUCCCUAACACCUCUGUCACAGAUGUGACUGAACCUUGUCCAUCCCUCACCCCUCCACCCAGUCCUGCUGCUGCCCGGGUCUGUAAAGUGGAGGCAGAGUUGGAAAAGCAGAGUGUGGAGGACAUAAUUGAGGAAAGAGAGGAAGAGAGAAAAAGGGAUGUGGAUGAGCAACCACGAAAGAAACCGUUCUGGCUGGAGGACGAUGAUCUACCUCCCAUAAUGAUGAGCCGGCGAGUUGCUUUUAUGUCUGAGGACACAGAGAGUGUGAGUAUGAGUGACAUACUUAACGAGGAAGAGGUGGGACACUUACCUCCACUGAGCCAGUCACGAUAUGAGCGCAUGCAUGAACAGUACAACAGCUUUCAGGAAGAUGAGGACCACUGGCAAAAUGACUUGGCACGCUGGAAGAAUCGCCGUCGCAGCGCGUCACAGGAGCUGAUCAAGAAAGAGGAAGAGAGGAAGAGGAUGGAAAAAAGGAUGAAGCAGGAGGGAAGUGACGGCAACAAGAGGAAAAGCAUUAAGACAUACAAAGAGAUUGUGGAGGAGAAGGAGCGUAGAGAAGCAGAGUUGUGUGAAGCUUACAGGAAUGCAGCGACACCAGAGGAGGCAGCCAUGGUUUUACAGCGUUACGCUCUCCGCUUCACCAUCAGCGACGCAACACUUGACAGCCUAAAACUACCCAGAUCCACCUCAAAACCCAAAUCAGACCUAAAUCGGGUGGACAAAGAGCACAAACACUCAUCACCUAUUCAUGACUCAUCAGAACCUCUGCACAAACCAGAGCCAGCUGCUAUAACAGAACCGAAGCGCUCAAAACCUGAGGAGAUGGAGAGAGAGACCACUGUUCAACAAGAGUCACAAGUUUCCCCAGUCAACAGUCCCCCCACCACAGUCACAAGCUCAGAAAAUAUACCACCUCAGUCAUUAGAACUUGAUGAACCUCAAUCCAAACCCACAGAGUCUCCAACCACAUAUCAGAAACAACCGAUUACAGGAAAUGCACAGCCUCAGACCGAGCACACAGCGUCUCAGAUUGCACAUGUGCAGCCUCACACCACACAGCCACCACACACACUCCCUUCCCCUCCAUCUGUAACCUCCAGACCCGUCCCCCUCCUGGCAGCCAAGCCCUACUGCCAGCCCAGGAGCACACCGUCUGGACACAAACCUGUCAAGAUGGAUGGAUUGGUGCGAGUGAAUGGAGAGGUGACAGAGGAUUUACCUGUUUCCACUACACCUGCCCCCCCUCAGCUCUUGCCACAGGAGAUUAAAGACGUGAGCCCCAAACAGACGGACAAAGACAUUACCCCCAAACAGACGGACAAAGACAUUACCCCCAAACAGACGGACAAAGACAUUACCUCCAAACAGACGGACAAAGACAUUACCCCCAAACAGACGGACAAAGACAUUACCUCCAAACAGACGGACGAAGACAUUACCCCCAAACAGACGGACAAAGACAUUACCUCCAAACAGACGGAGAAAGAUGUUCCCCCUGAGGCGAUGGUGAAACGGCAGGAGACGACAGAGCAUCCACCACCUCUGCAGACAGAGAACUCAACCCUCUCCUCAGGCUCUGCCAUCAGCUCCUUGAUUGGAGGCCGAAACUGUAUCAUCACAACAACUAUUGUUACAGAGCUCACGCAGACUCUGGUGGAGCCUCAUCCCUCGGAUAUCCAAAGCAAUGGACAGGUCAAUGGUACCACAGGUUUGUUUGGGACACCAGUGCAGGAAAAAAAGGCUCAGUCGGCUCCAUCACCCAGCAGCAUGCAAGAAUAUUCUCCCACUGUCACAGAGGGCCUUGAGGAGAGCAGUGUGACUAUUGAGACCCCCAUGUUGAACUUGGCUAAACGUGUUAAUCACUGGGUCUGGGACCCCAAUGAGGAGCGUAAACGCCAGGAAAGGUGGCAACAGGAGCAGGAGCGCCUCCUACAGGAGCAAUACCAGAGAGAACAGGAGAAGCUGAAGAAGGAGUGGGAAAAAGCACAGCUAGAGGUGGAGGAGGAGGAGCGAAAGCACAAUGAAGAGGAGAGACGGAUUCUGGAGGAGACUGUAACACCCCUCAAUCCCACCAGUUUGUUGAACCAGCAGUCUGGUCACACAGACACGACUUCAUCAGCUCCAGAAAGCAACAAGACAGAGCAGACAGAUGUUGCCCUGCAGAAAAACAGCCAAAGCAUCUCCACAGGAAACGAAGAUCAGCAUGAAUCAAAGCUGCAUUUUUUCCAGGAUUCUGUAUGUGAUGGUGAGUCUUCAAAGAAACAGGAACUGUGGAAGACAGCAUCUUUAGACCGCAACCCUCAACUAAACCAGGCACAUGUUGUUAAAAGGUCUGGAUCGCAUGAUGUUGUGACAGGAAAACAGCAGUCCUCCUCCUCCUUACCCUCACCACAGCCUCCUUCACCCAGCAGGUGUGUUAGUGGGAAGAGACUGUGUUCUGGUUGUUCUCAGCCUCUGGGAAAAGGAGCUGCCAUGAUCAUUGAUACACUGGGACUGUUUUUCCACAUACAGUGUUUCAAGUGUGGAGUGUGUGGCGGGCAGCUGGGUGACGCCACUGCAGGGACUGACGUAAGGAUUCGUAAUGGACAUCUGAGCUGUCAUGAGUGCUACAUUGCAACUCGGGGCAGGGGACAGCCCACCACACUAUGAUGACCUGCAUUUGAACUGGAACCCCUCCAUCACCGCUGUAGUCUGUGAUUGGUGGAAAAUGAUUCUGGAACCUUGACUCACAUUCUGGAACACUCUUGGAAUCUCUUCGUAACUUCAGAAUCAUCGUGUUUUUUUUCACAAACAGCUUUAUGGAUGUUGCUGAGAGCAGAACUGGACUGACAUGUGGACUAAAUGGCACAACAUCACAUGCACAUACAGUGUAGUAUGUGCUUCUUAACUGUACACAUGUAAACACUUCUUUUUAUUAUGUGUAGCAUGGACAUAGAAAUCAGUGUGUUUAGGCCUUUGCACAUCCAUAUUUAGCACAAUCAAGACACUAAAAUAAGAAUCUGUACUGUCACAAGCUAAACAUGUUACGCUACAAGCUAAUCACUACUGUCUUUAACACAUCAUGGUUUCACAAUCUUGAUUCAUUAAUCCCUGCUUCUGCACUGAUCACGUGACUCCACUCUCUGAGUGUGUUGUAAACUGGUUUUGGUUGGAUAACUUGAAGUAGCUUGACCAUUAUAAUGCCUUACUCAUCAUCAUACUUUGUCAUUCAUUUUGGGUUUUGUGUUUACAGUUUUGCAUGAAAGAAGAACAUAUAUAAGUUAUUGUGAGUAUUGCUCAGAUGGAUAGUGCAGGUUUGAUGUAGGUUGUUAUCUUCCCAAUGGUUGAACUUUAACUUUCCUCUUGUAUGUUGUACAUCAUCAUGAUAGUUUUGAAGUUUUGGAUAUCUGGCAAACUAACACAAGCUUUUUCUUUAUAUUUCACUUGACAAGAAUGGGAAUGCAUUAUAUUAAGUAAUAAUACUUUGACUUUUAAAUAUUUUCCCUUUAAGAUGUUUUAGCCACUUUUAUUCUCAUAGACUGACUGCAUUUGAAUCAGUGCCUUAUGUAAUGAAUGCGAGGGUUAGCGUACUUUAUGUGCAGGAGUAUUUCCACCCACAGACCUCUGGGUCUUGGCACAUUGUGUGUGUGUGUGUGUGCGUAAUGAGUGUGUGUGCAUGUGUGUAUGAAAUCAUGCAUGUAGGUAUGUAUGCAAAGUGUGAUUUGACUUGAAGCACAGUUCCAUACCAGCAAAAAAAAUGUUAAUAGAUCAGCCGCUCCUGAUGACUGUCUGUUCUCUUCCACCUUUUCCCGUGAGCUAUACCAAUGACACAGUUAUUUGCUGCUUCCCUAUUAAUUACCCCCUGAUAUUAUAUCAGUUCACAAUGUCCUAAAAUCUCUCCUUGUCUGCCUCUAUCACAAGUGUUGCCUCCCCAGAGUCUGAGCUGAAUUCCUCUCUGUGUUAUUGCCUCUAUCUGGACACGUCACAGCGUCUUCAUCACUGAGAGGAAUAGAGCACCUAGUCCAUUGUCUUUUAUAGCAAGUGUAUGUUUAUCAAUAAAAUAUUUUAAAUGGGA